CACUAAGGUCACACUGUCCUUUUCUCCCUUUUCCACGUGCGUUUCAUUUAACAAAACCACGCGUUGUUCAGUCUGUACCUGACUUUGUUUCGUUUUUGCCACCAAGACGUAUUAACCUGCUAAAAUGGCCCAAAAAAAAGCUGUAGCCGCUAAGAACAAGAAGGUCACGAACGGCGUAGUCAAGCAUCCUGUCAAGCGGGGAGUAAAUGCGCUAAAGGUACAGGAAGAGGAGAAACAGAUCGCAGCUACCCAGUCGCCCUCCAAAAAGACCAGGAAGCAACCAGUGAAGGAAGUUCCACCGUCUAGCGAGGAAGAGUCCGACGCUGAGGAGCAGAUCGACGAUCAGGUUGAGGAUGAUAGCGACUCCGAGGCAGAAGACGCAGCUGAUUUAAUUGAUGAUGAGGCUGAGGAAGAUGAAGAUGAGAAUAGUGACGAAGAGGAAGAUGAUGAUGACGAGAAGGUGGAGCUAGGAGAGGUUUCAAAGACAUCAGACGCGGGGGAGGAAGAAGACUCCGACGAUGACGAUGAAGCGCCUGUAGAGGAGCCUGUUUCCAAGAAAGGCAAGGAAAGUAAGAAACCCGGGGAAUCCAACUCUGAAGGAUUAAAAGAAAAGAGCGGAAUUCCUAAAGUCUCCGUUGGUAGGAUUCCCAUAGGAACGCCAAAAAAUCAGAUCGUCUAUGCCGCGAACUUACCAAAUGAAUACAAACACAAGGAUGUGGUCACCCUUUUCGCCAAGUUCGGACCGAUCUAUGCAGUGCACCGUAUCACUAAUAAGUUGGGUUCCAAUUCAGUCAUUGUGGCCUUUGAUACGCCGGCUGGAGCAGAAGCCGCUUUGCAAGCCAAGCCUAAGGCGCUGACUCUUGGAGAAAAUGUUUUGACCGUAUCUCAGGCGAAGGACAAGGAAGCUUUAAAUGAUCGCACAGUUGUGGUUGCCCUGUUUGGACCAAAUGUCACCAAAGAGGAUAUCAAGAGCUUUGUCGAGAAAGUAGCUCCCGUGGAGGAUGUAACUUUAACUGCUAACCGCCUUAUCCCCAGAGCAUUUGUACGUUUGGAGUCAGUAGAUGAUAUUCCCAAAGUCCUAAAACUGCACAGCACCGAGCUCUUUUCUCGCUUUAUUACGGUGCGACCUGUUUCGUUCAAGGCGCUGUCAAAGUCCAGUGAACUUACCCUGGUCGUCGAAAAUGUAGGCAAGCACGAGUCUUACAGCUGCGAUGCCUUGGAGAAGAUAUUCAAAAAAUGUGGCGAAUUGGACUAUGUUGACGUUGUGUGCAGCAAGACAGUUUUAGCAUUCGUCACAUUCAAGCAGCCUGAAGGAGCUACAAAGGCUAUUGCACAACUCCAAGGAAAGACUGUUAACAAUGUGGAGCUAAAGCUGAAGCCCUAUCAUGUCAGUAGUUCGGGGAGGGCUAUUCUAGUGACAAACUUGACAUCAGAUACUACUGAAGCUGACCUCAGGCAACUGUUUACCAAGAGCGGCGAAAUCGAGAGUAUCCAGAUGUUGGGCAUUAAGGCCGUAAUAAAGUUCACAACUGAUGAAGGCUUCUGUAAAUCAUUCUUGGCCAACGAAACUAUCGUCAACCGCGUACCUAUUUUUAUCGAGCCCAACUCUCUGCUGAAGCACAGAUUAAUGAAAAGACGCACUGCAAAAAGCCACGCCCCCGGAAAGUUCCAGAAGAACAAAUUUGGCCAAAAACCUUUUAAUAAGCGUCCGUCACAUGAAAAUGGGGGCAAUCCGUUUAUAAAAAGGGCAAAGUUUUAGAGCUGAAAACCUUAAAAGAUUUAGUCUUAAGAUUUGCAGUACCAUAAAUUUGGUUACAAUCAUUUACUCCAUGCCGCCAGAUGCCAUGGAUUUAGUCGAUAAGAUCUACUCCCACAAAUUUGGUCUGGAAAAAUUCCAGUCGUAUUUUAAAGAGAUGUUGACUAUAAUAAACAUCAAACUUAAAACUAAAUAAAAAGAGCCUAAACUAAACAUUGAAAA